GAGGUAGCAGUUUCAGGUAGAGAGUGUGGAAUCACUUUAGUCGGGGACUAAAUGAGCCUCGCGCGAGGCAGAACCUAAACCUUAUUUUAUCAUCUUGAUGGACUUAUUUAUAUUGGCAUAAAAACUUGUUUUUACAAAGAACUUUCUUUCAAAAUUAAUCAUCCACUGAAGAAGACAAGACAAAAUAUCCAUUAGAAAAAUGGUUUUCAAGUGUCAAACUGAUUCGUUUCUUAAGGAGUUUGAAACUGAAGUUGUAAAAGUUGAAAAGAAUGAGGAAGGAAAGUCUCUUGUACAAUUUGAGGAUACAGUUUUAUUUCCAGAAGGAGGAGGACAACCAACCGAUCACGGAAAAAUCAUUUUAAAGCGUGAUGAAGGAAAAGAGAUAGAAUUUGAUGUUAAAAAUGUAAUUCGCAAAGGGCCUGAUGCAAUUCAUUAUAUCGAAAGUACAGAUACUGAUGUUUUUUUGAAAGUUGGAGAUAAAGUUAAGCAAAUUGUUGAUUGGGAACGAAGACACGAUAACAUGCAACAACAUAGUGCUCAGCAUUUAAUCAGUGGACUCUUUGAAAUUCAUUACAAGUAUCCUACACGAGCAUGGUGGCUUGGAGCUGACGUCAGCUACAUUGAACUUGAUGCUAAAAACAUAACUGACAACGAAAUGAAGCAUAUCGAGUGUAUGGUCAAUGUUUACAUAGCUUCUGCAACUCCAGUUCAUGUUUUGAUGUUCGACACGGCUGACGCAACCGGAGAAGAAGUAACAAGAGCUGCUAAAGGCUUACCAGUUGAUCUCAGUGGUCCAGUUCGUGUCAUUAACAUCGAAGGUAUUGAAUCCAACAUGUGUUGUGGAACUCACGUUUCAAAUCUCGCCCAACUUCAAAUGGUUAAACUGUUGAACAUUGAAAAGACAAAAGGAAAAACAAUCGUCAAGUUCUUGGCUGGAAACCGAGUUUUUAAAAAGCUGGAAACAUCUUUUCAACGUGAAGUUCAAUUGACAGCAAUGUUGAAUAAUGGUCCUGAUUCUCACAUCGAUUUAGUGAAGAAACUUCAAACAAAUUUAAAGUCAUCCCAGAAAACUCUUCAAAAGCUGUCGAAAGAGCUUGCGACUAAGAUAGCAGAAGAAUUGAAUGCCAAAACCAACCUUGAGAAUUAUUUUUCACUUCACAACAAAGAUGGUGUUGAUGUUGAUUUUUCAAACACAUUUUUGCGAGUUUUGAAGAGUAAAUCACUUUUUGUUUUUAUGACGAUUGCUGAUGCGAUUGAUUCAAAGAGUGGUUCGUUAAUAAUCCAAGGAAACCCUAAAGAUAUUGAAGCUCUUGCUGAUCCCAUCUGCAAAUUAUUGAAUGGUAAGGGUAAUGGAAAGAAUAACAGAUUUAAUGCUAAAGUUACUCAAUUGAACAAAGUAAAAGAUUGCGAGAUUUUGAUUAAAAAUCAUUUCGCUAACAAAAAAAUUUCUGAUCAAGUUUAAUCAUUUAUUGAAAUUAUUAUGUCUUCAUAUUGUUUAACAAAACUCUACCUGGAGAGAAAAAGUUUAAAGUGCUUCACAGUUGAAUGUUCCAAGAUGAAAAUAAUGAAAGAAAUGACUAAGCCACCAAUCCAAAGCUCAAAAAUUGCAAGUAAAUGAUGAACAUUUAAUGGUAAUGCACCUACCAAAGUUUCCUUUUGAUUUGUAAAGCGUUUAUCAACAUACUUUGAUAUCCAUAAGUUUAUUAAGCCAUUUUCCUUUAAAUCGUUCAUUUUGUCAUUGAAUUCAUUUACCAAAUAAAAAUCUUUUUGAAAAUAGAAAACCAU